CCAUCCUAUUGGGCAGGCGCGCACACAUGGCGGCUGGCGGCGGAAGGGGAGAAGAAACUAAUAUUUAAGCGCCUGAUUGGUCACUCGCCCCAACUAGGCUCCUCCCUUUCCGGAGUGGGACUGUUCCUCUCCAUCUCUCCCCCGCCCCUAAGUCGUGGUUGCUAAGCAACAAGCGGACGCGGCCUUGUUUUCAAAAGGGAAGCAGCGGCGUCCCGGUGCCUCUUGUGGGGGCUCCUUUUCGAAACGGAUGCAUCGGAAGUGUUAGAGCAUCUGGACGCUUGGUGUGGAAGACCUAGUCUGCUUGUGGACCUGAGUAGCUCUUGCUUUGUGCAUGCCUCGCUGACAACAUGGCGACUGAAGUGCUCAAUCGGGUAUAUGAAGCUGUUGAUCCAAGCCGGUCCCCGGUGGGUCAAGCAACCCGGACACUGACCCUCAAAAUGCCCUUGAAGAUCCUAGAUCCUGGUCGGUCAAAACUGACCACCGUUGAGACCAAGAGGAUCAUAUCAGUCUUGGAUGAGACCAUCCUUAAAGUGGAACUGGUCAGUAUGUUUGCUUAUGUGAUGGAGAACCUUGAGGACUUCUACGUGGCGUUGGGACCUGAGCUUACAGAGGCUCUCAGAGAACAUCUGCAGCUUUCAAACAAUCUGAAAGCCACACUCGUCCGCCUUGAAGAAGACGACCUUCUGUAUAAGGGCACGGCCAGAAGGGUCAUAUUGGGAGCAGAGGAUCCAGACGGCUCCCUUAGCCUGCUCGUACAAGGCCUAAAAGGUUCUGUCCGAAAUAUCGUGCGUCUCUUUUAUGCGAACCCCUUAGCUUGUCAGGCCAUCAGGGAUGCUUCUGCCUAUGGCAGGGAUACCUCUUCUGAUCUGUUAAUUAGAGGCCUCACCGAGCUGAGGGAGUUCCUGUUUGAGAAGCUUCUGACAACCCCAUUGGAAGAAAGAGAGAAACAUAGGUUUAUUCAGGAAAUCGCCCUCCGAGACAAGAAAAACACAGAGACGAUUGCAGCUCUGGAGGAUGAGCUAGCAGCAGCAAUCCAGCAUCGAGAUGAUGAGAUUUCCAAGAAGAACACCAUCAUCAAAGAACUGAAAACCCACCUGCACAAUUUAGCCAAGAUCUCCGACGGCCAAAUCCAGCGCACCCGGACCGAAGCGGAGAAGCAGCAGAAGGGGGAGCUGCGAGGGUCCCAGGCCAAGUGUGCCAAGCUUCAGCAAGAGCUCCAGCAGCUCCGGGCCCAGCUCAGCACCCUCAUCACCGAGGACCGGGAUUCGGAGCUCGGUCUCCGAAAGAAGAAAUACAAAGUGGAGAUGGAGAUUGAGAACUGGGUCCAGAAGUAUGACGCCGAAAUGAUAGAAAAGCAGGAUGAGUACGAGGAGAUUGAUGCCGUCUACGUGGUGGAGAAGGCCCAGCUGGCGGAGCUGAGGGAGAGGUUUGAGCUGCUGGACCAGGAGUACAGCCAGAUCAAGGAGGAGAGGAGGGUGAAGCGGGAGCAGAAGGAGAAAGCCGAGAAGGAGCUGGCCAUCCUGGUCCGCGCCGCCACCCUCAUCCAGGCCUUGUGGAAGGGCUACCUGGUGCGCUCGCUGCUCCGGGGCAAGCGGAAGAAGAAGGGCCGAGGCAAGAGGGGCAGGAGGUGAGGCCCAGCUGUGGCCCCUCUCUCUCUCUUUUUCUCGCUGGUAAGCAGGCACUGGAUGGUUGGCAAUAAAUACUGAGCACACCC